AUGGAAUUCGAGGCUGAAUACCUUCAUCCCAGUUGGGAAUCGAAAUGUUGCUUGUCUCCACAAAGGAUUGCAACGCAUUCUUUGAAAAGACAAGUAUUCAUAUGUGAUUCACAUCCAAGCCAAAUGAAUGUUAAAAUUUUAGACUCUCGAACAGGAGAGAAGAUGAGUGAAAUUCCACUUGACAUCAGUCCAUAUGGAAUUGUAAUGACAUUCAAUCAUUUUUGUGAUGAAGUCAAAUUGUUUUGUUCAGUUUCGAACGAAGAUGCAUCUUAUUGUGCCAUUCAGGUACUCUCAUGCAAUGCAACGCGUAUGGAAUUUGAAAAGAUUAUGGAAAUUGGAGAACUAGGUUCAAAGGAAGGCCAUCUUAACUGUCCCUAUGUCAUGACUUUCAUCCUGUCACGAAUUGCAUCAUUAGUGACUAUUGACUUUUAUGCAGACAAUCUUAGCAACAACACAGCACUAUUGAAUUUCCAGAAUUUAUUCGUCCUAGAAGAAAAAUCAGUCGUAGAAUUGACUAAUAUUUCAAAUGACAUGGUGCUUAACGGAGUGCAUGAAGAUCAAGCAAUUUCUAGAUUGGUUGCAGAACUUACUCACAAUUCUCCAUUUGACAAAGAUGCAUCAUUUAAAGCAUACAUGUAUUGGAGGCAGAAAAAACUCUUGCAAUCUAAUUUCAAGGAAAAUCGGUUGAUAUUUGUAGAUUCUUUAGGAAUUAUCAAACAAAAAUUAUUAGAAAAAUUUGAAGAGCUCGGAACAAUAUACAGUGUCAAGGAAUAG